AUGAAUGUCGAAGUUCUUUGUAUCACAGAACACAAGUUAAAUACUCCUGUUAUUGCUCGUAACUUGCUAGAAAAAUAUGUUUGUACCUCAAUAUACUGCAGAGAGAAACAAGGUGGUGGAGGAGCUGCUAUAUAUAUAUCAAGAAAGGGACCUCCAAAGGGAGACAUUGAAAUAUUUUAUGAUCAGUUAACAAAAUGUCUACAAAAAGUCAGCAAUAACAAAAAUAUAUUCAUCUGUGGGGACCUAAAUAUUGACAUCAAGACCUGUGACAAAAACAAACUAAAUAUGAAGAAAGAGCUGGAAUACUUCCUCGCUCAACAAGGGUUUUACACCAUUACAGAUAAGUAUACCAGAGAUAUGGGCUACUGCAAAACAGCCAUAGACCACAUAAUAACCAAUGUGGACAGGGAAGAGAUUAAAAGUGAUUGCAACAUUGAAGCAGGUAUCUCUGAUCAUACUCUUCAGUAUGUCUCAUUUCACAAGAGUAAGAGGAACUCAGGAAUAAAAUUCAAAUAUCAGAGAGUCUACCCACAAACUAAAAUAGCACUGUUUUGUAAUGAACUGGAGAAUCAAAGUUGGUCUGAUAUGUAUGAAGCCAAAACUAUAAAUGAGAAAUUCAAUAACUUUCAUAAAAAAUUUUCAGAACUGUAUGAAAACUAUUUUCCAUUAAAAAAAUGCAAAGUGAAUGAAAAAGACAAAAGGUGGGUUACAAAAGGCAUUGAAAUAACAUCAAGAAAUUAUCGGGAACUAUGUCAGAAAAUCAAAAGGAAUCAUGACCAUGGCUUUGAAGAAUACUUCAAGAAAUAUAGAUCAAUCUAUCGCAAGAUCCUUAAUGCUGCAAAAACACUAGCAACUGAAUCCGAGAUUAAUAAUGCAAAAAAUACAACUAAAGCUAUUUGGACAGUCAUAAAUAAACAAAUGGGGAAACCAGAAAUACAACACAAAAAUAUAAGCAUAAAACUAGAGGACAACACAAUCUGUACAGAUCCGACCAGAAUAUCUGAAGAAUUUAAUAAAUACUACUGUAACCUGGCAAAGAACCUGCAAGAUGAUAACAAAGAAAAAGGCACCACAUUCAAUGAAACAGAAUUCUCAAUGUACCUAAGCAAAGUAUCAGAAAAUGACAUCAUUCUAGCCAUAGCCAAACUUAAAAAUAAAAAAUGUUCCGGAUAUGACCAUGUGUGUGAUGAGAUUAUAAAGACAUGUCACCAACAACUUAUCAAGCCAUUAAAGCAUCUUGUGCAAGCUUCCUUUGAUGAAGGAGUUUUCCCAGAGCUGCUAAAAUUGUCAAAGGUUAUGCCACUCUACAAGAAAGGGGAAGAAACGGAAACUGGAAAUUAUAGACCUGUUGCAAACAUAACUACUUUCUCAAAAAUUUUUGAAAUUGUCAUGGAGAAGAAACUACGGGACUACCUAUAUAGAUUUAAUAUCUUAUCAGAUACACAAUAUGGAUUCGUGAAAGGGAAAAGUACCACUGAUGCUAUAGUGGACUUUAUCCAAAAAAUUUAUAACUCAUUCGACAAGAAAAAACUUUUAACCGGAAUCUUUUUUGACAUGUCUAAGGCAUUCGAUCUUGUAGAUCACAAGAUACUUUUAACAAAACUCAGUGCUUAUGGUAUUAGAGGUAAAGUGUUAAAGUGGAUGGAGUCCUACCUGUCACUAAGAAAACAAGUUGUGGAAAUUAGCUACAGUGAUGGAAAAGUUUUAAGAACAUAUCGAUCAAAUUCCGAAAUUAUAACUUGUGGUGUCCCGCAAGGAUGA